AUGAAUCAAUCUCCGGCGAAGAUACCGGAGACCCGCCCCGGGGCCCCCGCUUCCGACAAUGCUCCUGCGCAGAAACCGUCCAAGUCGGCCAAGCGAAGAAAAAACCGUAAAGGCAAACGACGUAAUCGACAACAGUCGUUCCUCACGCCGAAGAUCGACGAGACUGACGAGGGGUCGGGGCCUGUGUCGACGAUUGUUGGAGGCAGGGAAAUGGAUGAUAGCGAGCGGCCGACGUCCAGGGACAAUCCAUCGUACUUUACCUUGCGUCGAAAGCACAGCAACACCAGUCUCGAGAGCGACGCAUUGCUGGACCAUAGAGAUCAACCUAUGAUGCGACCACGUCGGGACAGCCGUUUGGCGGGCUCGUUCCGUCCGGGCUCACUCCUCUCGGGGGGUGUCUGGUCGAACGACAGUCAAUCACGGAACACGCCGAGAACCAGUCGAACUCAGCAGUACCAAGAUUCAGACAGCGAAAAUGAGAAUGCCACCGACCGGACACCACUGGUUAGAGGGUCUUCGGGCCACACGCCUGGUCAAUCUCGAUACGGCACCGACCAGCGCUCGAUCCCAUUCGCGCGCCCUCGUCGGGCGUCCGUUCAUACGCUCUCGCCCCGAGGCUCUCCACGGACUCAUCAGACCCCGCCCUACUCCCCUGACCUAGGGCGUGAUUACGAUGUGAACAAUCCACCGUCCAUUCCAGGAACUCCAAAGCUGGGACCCGAUAUGAAUUAUGACGAUGCGGUAGUGACGGGAGCCGAAUUCGAGUUCGCACUGGCGCGGUCUAUGGAGACACGUAGAGAGUCCAUGAAUCGACCCAAUGACGCCCUGAUUGAUGUCGACGGUGGUCCCAGACAGCAAAAGUCAGAGCCCUCGUCGAUUCAUUCCGGCCAGUACUCCCCCCAAGAGCUGCGACGCCGCCGAACGGUGACCUUACCCGUGGAGGAGGACGUGUGCUUCCCGACCGAGGAUGUCUCCGAAUUCGCUGAUGAAGAGCGGCAAACACCCCGAGAUGAACAGGGUGAGCGUCGAAGACGAAGACGCCGUCAAUGGCCAGAUCUCGAUGUUUUGGAGGAGUGGAGCCGCGGUGAAAAAGAAGACCGGAAUGGUGACCUGCGCGUGAAGAAGAUCAGUGAGCCGGUCUUGGUGGAAGGCCGGUUGCGCCCGCAGUACAAGCUAUGGCGACGCGAGGAAGAUGACACUCCUUAUCGAUUCACCUAUUUCAACGAGGAAUUCCAAAGCACAAUUCAUGCGCAGACCAUUUCCGAGUUAGUUCAGCCAGGAGGUAGCUUCCGUGAGCUGUUUAUUCCUGAUCCACCGGAGCUCGAAUAUUCCUCGUCCGAAGAUGAGGAUGAUGUUGAACCUUCAGUGAAUGGUAACCCCACAUCAGUAUUUGCCAGUAUGAACGGCGCGCAUUGGUCCAAUAACCACGAAACGCAGCCUGCAAGCACUAACAAUGCCAACCACGCAAAUACCGGUACUGGUCCUGCGCAAGCAAACCCUGAAACGAAGAAUUCUCAAGAACAAGGGUCCGGUACAGUGAACAGUAAUCGAGGACCUCAAAACCAACGCUUAUCCAUCAUCAGCGAGACCCGUCCAGGUUCCACGAGAGACGCAUCGCCCUCACAGUCGCAUCAAGCAGAGAAACCGAAGCGAUACGGUCCACGGCCAACCUUCUGGCUUGAUGUCCUGUCACCUACGGACGCAGAGAUGCGUGUCAUUGCCAAGGCGUUCGGCAUACAUGCCCUAACUGCCGAAGAUAUUAUGAUGCAAGAAGCGCGAGAAAAGGUCGAGCUUUUCCGCAGCUACUACUUUGUCAACUAUCGCACCUUCGAACAAGACCAAAACAGCGAGAAUUAUCUCGAGCCCGUCAACAUGUACGUGGUGGUAUUCAGGGAAGGAGUGAUCUCUUUCCAUUUCUCACAAACCCCACAUCCCGCCAACGUUCGUCGGCGGAUUCGUCAACUCAUGGACUAUCUCAUUCUAAGCUCAGAUUGGAUCUCUUAUGCCCUGAUCGACGAUAUCACUGAUGUCUUCGGUCCUCUCAUCCAGGCCAUUGAAGAUGAAGUCGAUGAGAUCGAUGAGAUCAUCAUGAAGAUGCACUCGUCUACCAAGGAUGAUGUGACUGAUAACGAACCGCCUUCGUUUGCACCGGGAGAGAUGCUUCGACGAACUGGCGAAUGUCGCAAGAAGGUGAUGGGUCUAUAUCGGCUGCUGAGCAACAAGGCGGAUGUCGUCAAGGGUUUUGCCAAGCGCUGCAAUGAACAGUGGGAGGUUGCACCAAAGUCUGAAAUUGGCCUCUACUUGGGCGACAUCCAGGAUCAUAUCAUGACAAUGACUGGUAAUUUGACGCACUAUGAGACAAUUUUGUCACGUGCGCACUCAAAUUACCUUGCGCAGAUCAAUAUCCUCAUGAAUGAGCGCCAAGAACAGACCGCAGAUGUGCUUGGCAAACUGACAGUACUCGGUACUAUCGUGCUGCCGAUGAACAUCAUUUGCGGUAUGUGGGGUAUGAACGUCAAAGUACCCGGGCAGGAUAUUGAAAAUCUCAACUGGUUUUGGUCAAUCACUGCCGGUUUGCUCUUGUUUGGCCUUGCAUCAUUCUUGAUUGCUAAGCGCGUCUACAAAAUCGUAUAG